ACAGGAUUUUGUUUCAAGAUUUGGAUUUGUUUCAUUUCGUUUGCAUAAUUCAGCACGCGAAUUGUGUUCAAUCAUGACGUUGACUCCUGUGAUUGUGUUCCUGAUGAUGGUAUCGGUGAGCUGGGCCUUGCUCUUCGAAAGAAGUAGUCCGAUAGCCAGUGCUGAUGAUCGAGGUCUGUGGUUUUAAAUAUUUUUUUAAAUUUAAACACAGCUUUAUUGUUGAUUCAACAAUAGCAGCUAAAACUGUUUUAGAAAUUAAAAGCAUUUUAACACUGACAUAAGAAGUAAAAUGUAUGUUGUUGUUUUUUUAAAUGGCACAAAAUGUUGUUGAUAAUGGGGAAACUAUGUCUUUAUAAAAUUGAUACCAGUUCACUGUGUCCAUUUAUUCUCACAAUAAUGAUAACUCCGCCAUAAUUUCUCUUUUCAAAAGAGUUGAAAAAUCAGAGUCAUUUGAUGCAAAGUCAGACAGUAACCAUGAAAGACAUUCAAUGGUCCUGACGUAUAGAAACACAGAGAGCAAACAUCUCUUAUUUUUCUAUAUUUUGUGUUCUUUUUUUUUUGUUUUGGUGUGAUUUUGCUUGUUAUUUUUAUAAGGGGGUAUUGCGAUUGAAAAAGUCUUCUUAGAAUAUGUAUAUACAAAUAUACAACAAUCCCUUGGUCUUACGUCCCAUUAGGCGUUUGACCUUAAACAAAAGUAACAAAUGGACGUACAUUAACUGUUUUAAGCCUGAAAAUCGCGAAUGCUGCCAAAAAACAAAACAAACGCACUAUGUCACCGGCUAAUUAACAAAAAACUACACUGCAAAAAUGUGACUGUUCAUUUAAAAAGCUAAAUCUAAAACUAGUUUAGGUUGGAAGUCAAAGCAAGGGAAUACGUGCUUAGGAUUUCACUCUUAAUCACGUGACUGAAAGUAACCUAUCGUGUAACUGUCGAGAUGCGAUUCUUCUGUAUGGCUACGUCUUUCACUUCAUUCCGUUCGGCAGUACAUCAUACAGCAACAGUCACCAAUGCAACAAACAUCAACCGGUUUAUUGUAAACAAAAGUUUAUUUAACCGCAAUUCCCAAACUAUGGUUGAUACUUGAUUUCUGAGCAACAAUCAAAUCUUUUCAGCACAAAUCUUAAUUUAUUUAACCGCAAUUCCCAAACUAUGGUUGAUACUUAAUUUCUGAACAACAAUCAAAUCUUUUCAGCACAACACUUAGCAGUAUUCAACCACCAUCUCUCUUCUCUAACAACAACGAAAACUAACGCGUCACUUCCCAUUACACAAUUACGUCACAACACUCUCACACAAACGAUACGGCUACACAUAAAAUCUUUAACUAAACAUCUUUUCCCUAUCAAACCUUGAAACAAUAAUCUACACAUAACAACAGUGAUUCUCAUACCCUUGACUGUAACCCGACGUCACGGAAAUGGUUUGAAAGUAAAGCAAGAAGCUAUGGUCAUUGAAAUAUGACAAAAGACGUUACUCGACGGAUGAAAAUUAAUGCAUGCGUCUGUACGAUAAUUAUGCGUUUCAAAUAUCUGUAAAGUCCUGCUCGAACCAGCCACACCAGUAGUUUGUAAUCAUGUGCUAAAGAAACAGACAAGUUGUGUAAACCGCACGCCUGAACCAAACUAUCUAACUCUCUUUUUCUUUUUUUUUUUUUGGUUGUCCCAGCCAUCGCAGAGUCCUGUCUUGCCCUAGCCGACCAGGGAAGCUGUGAGUUCUACUCGUGCUUUGAGAGUCGACUGCCCUGUGGCAGGGAAUGGUACAUGCUCAGGACUGGCCACUACUACUGCAACAAGAUGCAGAGACAAAAACCAAACUUUUCUCUAGCCGUAAGCAUCCCGAGAAGCCCCCCCCCCCCAAAUUGAAUUACAUUAUAAAAUCUGAGACCCGGAUGUUAUCUUAAUGAUGAGAUACUGAUGCCUUUUAAACCCGGGACCUUUUGAGCCUCGUGGGUCCAUUGGAAUGUUGUCCCCCCUUCCCCUAUGGAUGAUCCGACCCUGCUUCAGCAAAUUACAUUCCAGCAAAACGUUAUGUCCUUUUUUAUGAAAAAUUCAACUUUUAUAAAGUCAUUAAGGAACAUUAAAAUAAAUACCAUCCAAUAAGUACAAUGCGAUCCAACAAUUACAAAAUUAUCCUGUCAUAAACACCCCUUCAUUAUCUUUUUUUAGUGUUUUUAAUGAUCACUGCGAUAAUUCUCCAUAACGACCUUGACCUUUCCUUUCAUGAACGCUUCACAGGGCCAACGCUUCAUUGAGGACGCCCAGCGGUGCCUGACCCAGUCGCUCAAGGACGAAUACCGCCUAGAUGACAUUGACUGCCACACCCUGGAGCAUCAGGCGGUCGACAGCAUUACUCCGUGUUUCAUAAGUAUGUUAAAUUGUUACAAUUGUUCUGUCAGGCUUCGUAGAUAAUGUAUGAUUGUCGUGUAAGAAAGUAGUGUAAAGGGGAGAAAUAAAAAACAACUAGUCUAACUUUACUUUUAGUAAACGUUUUCAUGAAUUAUUUAUGACAACGUCAUAAAAUAUGAAAAUUCCCUCAAAUACUACAUCGUAUUUCUUUUUUCUUUUAUAUUUUUGAGGGCCAACAAUCAAUUUAUUGAUCAUUGUGGCUCCUGGUUUGAAUUCAGAGUUUACCUUCUCUUAGAUGAGAUGCCGUCCAAGAUUAUUUAAUGUCAGUUUUUGUUGCUGAAUUAAUGUAAUCUCUAAAGAAAGACGAGGAAGUCUCCACUAACUGAACACUUAAAAAAAAACAACAGCACUGACUUUGUCCUUUUCAGACUAAAUGCCUUGAAACAUUUAACGUCUGCUCUAUUUGUAUAGCCCGACAUCAGUUUCAUUACGAAAAUACUAUGUGAGCUGUAGGCAUGGCUAACAACGUCUCAUAACAAAGAAUUAGGAUCAGUGCAAAAAUAAUAUUUAAAAAACUAAGCUUAGCUACUUAGCUUACUACGUCAAGUUAAAUAAAAAAAAUUAAAAGUUGAAUGUUGACGACAGAAAAAAAAAAGACAAAUGACAAAAAGAUAUGCAGAAGGAAAAAAAACAACACUUACUUUGGGAUUGAUAAAUGUGCAGAAAGGAGCCGACAGCAAGAAAAGUCUGGGGUUAUAAGUUACACUUCAUUGUAAGUUGUCGUAUUUUAAAAAUCGAUUUAACCUAUUUCGUUGUUGUUUCUCCAGACAAUGAUUUCUGUAACGCAUUUAGAACUGAUGCUGCUCAGUUUUUCCGAGUCUACGAGUUCUCAGAUCUCUUCACCAGAGGAGCUGGCAAGUAAGUGGACACAGAAAAGUCAGAUAUCAUGGUGGCACAAGAUUCAGUUUUAAAUGACACAUUUUAAUUAGGGUUUGACACACAUCGCUUCCAGAUCAGGUUGGGAUGUUUACCCCUUCAUUACUUUUGUCUAGCAUUGAAUAGACCAGUCAUGAGCUUAUCAUAUAGUAUGUGUACUCUAACAAUCUAAUUUUGUGAUCUCAAAGAUAUGACUUUGUGUAAAUUUUCAAAUUAUCAUAUUGUAAACUUCCACAAUCAGCAGUAUGUGUACAUUUCCAAACAUUUCAUAUUUCGCCUCAGAAAGAUUUGGUUUAUUUACAAGCCAACAUUUCUGUCUGCUUUUCACAACAAACAAACAAAGUUUUAAUUUAUUUCUGUACAAUCAACAUUUUGUGUACAUUCGUAUUCACCAUUUGGGAUAAUUCCCAAACAACAUUCGCAUACGCUCUAAUCAAUGCUUUGUGUAAUAUGUAUGUAUAUAUAUAUAUAUAUUAUAUAAGAGUGAGCUAGGCUGACCGCCAAGCCAAAGAAACGAGAAGAUUCAUAUACGUUCGGAUUUUUUUUUUUAAAUCAUCAAAGUUUCUAUUAUGUUACCGAAAUCUGAUAAAUCAAAAUUCGGAAAAAAUAUUACAUAUCCGCUUUUAUUUCAGUAAAUGUUUAUGUAUUAUUAUUUAAAAAUUACAAAUACAUUAAAAGAUGAAUUUAAAAGUUAUGAAAACAAAAUUAAUUUAAAAAAAGAUCUUAUAAUUACAUGGUAAUCACAUUUAUCGGGAAAACCCAAACACCUGUUGUUUAAUUGUGCAUUUUAGUGCAUUGUUAAUAUUGCGAAAUAAAAUUUAAAUUAAUUUGAUCUAAAUAAAUACGCAAAUGACGUCAUAGGGCGAUUGCCUAUUUUAGCCAAAGCUCUAAGUUUCUUUCAUUUAGUAACCACGCGUGACAGAUCUGAUAAUGUAUUUCCCUUUCUUAAUAGUAAAAUUAAUAAAUAUAAUAGAUUGCUUUUUAAAUUAUUAAUAAAACACACACAAAUUUAGCUUUGUUUUUUUUUAACAUUUAAUAAGUUAUACUUUUAUUCAUUCCAAAAAUAUUAUUUUAGUAAAUUUGUAAAGUAAUAAACACUUAACAUUUAAAUAUACUUUUAAUAAGAGAAUUCCGUUUAUGUCAAUCAGUGCAGCGAUACCCCAUAGCCAAAUAGCAUUCACUAAUGCACUUAUCACUCAUCCAAAAAAUAACAAACCAUCUGAAGUGCAAAAAAAAAUAAAUCUAAAUGAUCACUAAUUAAGUGAUCAUUUAGAUGUGGUAAUUUAUGUCAUGUUUAUAGAAAAAAUAAUUGUAGUUAAGGGGGCGAAAAUGGGUAGGGUAUGCGUAUAUAAAUAUAGCAGAUAAAUGCUUCUCAAAUCUUUUAAUGAUGUUUGAAACGUAAAAAUAAUUACAUAAAUACUUUUUUUUUUUAAAUACAGAAUUGUGAUGAGUUUUUGCCAUAGCAAGUGGAAAUUAUCGCUAAGGGCCUGCCAUUAUUAUCUCGAUAACAUAGGGUGAUACGUUUUAGUAAAAUUAAUAAUUGAAUUAGAGUCACAGACUGAGUGUCGACUACACAAAAUGUAUUCAUUAUUCACCUUCUACCAAGCUUUCAUUAUUACCAUUUGAUGCAUUCUCAGAAAGAUCAUUCUUUGCACGUUCUCGAUAAAUUUUUGUUUGUGUAUUCUCAGAAUCUGGCGUCAGAUUGUGAACAUGGCGGCGCAGUGUGGUGGCGCAGCUGCCAGGGAAAUAACCUCGGACACAAGCGAGACUGUCAUCAACACUGUCAACACCUUCUUCGACUCCCUCUCUCGGGGCGUGGGAAAAUAGACGACUCCAGCUGGAAGAGGGCUGGUCAGCUGGUUAACCGACCGCGCCAAAAAGGACCAGUGGCAGAUGGUACCCAAUACCAUACCAAUUAGUAUUUUUUUUAAAACCUAUUUAACAUUGGUCUCUAGAAGGUAUAAACAACGACAGAACCAUAACUUGGAAGGACGCAGGCUUGUUGCAUAGCCGCUGGUGUCAGUAUACUCAGUGGCGUCUCAUAACAUUACGGGCGUUAGUUUAGUAAGUUCAGGGAGAGCCAGUGGCGUAGCGAGGGUGUUUGGUGCCCGGGGACAAGAUUCGCGCCUGGGGACAUGAUCCUUUUUAAAGCGCCCCUUUUUCUUUUUUUCAACUCUCAAACCCACUAUUUUCAUCAAUAAAAUAAUAUCAAAGCACAUUUUGGCGCCUCUAACUAGCUGGCGCACGGGGAAUCUGUCCCCCCUGCCCCCCCUCGCUACGCCUCUGGAGAGAGCAUACUUUGUAUAUACUAUUCAUUUGUAUAACAUAUGACUUUUACGUGCAAACCAUUAAAGGUAUAUAUUUAAAAACUAAUCUACGCGUUUACUAUGGUGCUUGAGUAUGUCAGGAGUGUUUAUGUGCCCCCCCCCCCACGGCGCCGCCUUCAACACGGCUUGGAGUUUGAUUCACAACUUGAGCGUCGACUCCGGAAACGUAAUCGUGAGUGUCCUUGAGCGCUUAGUACUUGUGUCUUCGCUACACUGUUUUGUUUGUUUCCGUUGUUGGUACUACGUUAGUCAUCACUUAAUAGCUUUUAAAACUUGCUUUGCCUUUUUUUUUACCCCAGACUAACCCACUUUUUAAACUGGUCUGACUGUUUGUCACCAAAGUUUAAGCUGGACUUGUGUUCUGCAAAUUUUCCCAAUGCGCAAUUUAAUAUUAUAUAUAUAUAUAUUAUGACCUUUCAACUUUCAUAUGUAUGUAAUAAUUUUGUGAUUUUAAAUAUUUGUAUUCCAGUCUGUUCUUAUCUCUUAUAUAUAUUUGGCUUCUGUUGUGCCCCCCCCCAACUCCACAUGUUUAGAUUAAUAGUAAUGAGUGACAAAAAGGCUGUCAUGCGUGACUUCUGAAAGCAGGUAAUUUUUUUUCUGUAAGGGGAGGAAACUAUUAUAUUAAUCAAUAAAGAACCACGGGUAUGGUGUAGGACAGUCUUUAGGACCAUUAACUAAAUGCUCCGACCCGGUGGAGAGAAAAAAAAACUGCAGCCGGUUAAGCUCUAAUAACUAUAUAUUACUAAAAAGAUAUAAUAUUUACAUUUAUUCAUUAUGCUUUUAUUGUAUUUGGUGAGUCAAGUGAAUAUAAUGUAAACAUUUAACAUGUAAAAAUGUAGGUGCACUCUACUGAAGUAUGAGUUCAACAAAACAGUGGCGAAUACUUUAAGAAAAGGACGGGUAACACAAUACGUAAAAUGUACACAACUGCAAAAAAUGUAUCUUUAAAAUCUUUUUAAAAAAUAAAAAUAAAAACAAUUGAGACCUCCCUUUGCGUUUUUAGCAAAUCGAUGAAUAGACCAUUACUUUUAAAUUAGCUUGCCUCUAACGGCUAUUUCCUA